AUGUUCGCUGAUGAUGUUAAACUUUGGAGCGUCAUCCGAACUGAAUUUGACGAAGAGCGCUUGCAGGCAGACCUGACCCGACUCGAGAAGUGGUCACAGGACUGGCUGUUGCCGUUUAAUGUGACUAAGUGUAAUGUCAUGCGAGUCGGCAGGACACGAUCUCUGAACCGGAGGGUUUACCACCUAAACGGCGUACCAUUGCAGGAGGUAGACGCCCAGAAAGACUUGGGGGUGUGGGUAACGGCUUCUCUAAAACCGUCGCUUCACUGCUCCAAGGUAGCCAAGUCUGCGAUGUCAGUCCUUUAUCUUGUCAAGAGAGCUUUCUCUACCUUCGAUGAGGACUGCUUCGUUAAAGUCUUUCGGACUUUCGUACGGCCACAGCUAGAGUUCGCCAUUCAGGCGUGGAAACCGUGGACCUCUAAAGAUCUCAGCAUCCUCGAGAAAGUUCAGAGGCGGGCAACCAAACUCGUAGGUGGACAGGGUUCACUACCCUAUGAAACCCGAUUGUCCAAUCUCGGUCUCUUUCCACUGAGUUACAGACAGCUAAGAGGCGACCUUAUACAAACAUUCCGUAUACUGCGCGGCCAGGACUGCUGUCUCGUACCUGCUGAUUUCUUUGAGUUAGCGACCACAACGAAGCUCCGAGGUCAUCCACUUAAACUACGAGUAACUGGCGCCAAGCUGGACACUCGGAAGUUCUUCUUUUCAAACAGAGUGAUCGAGGCCUGGAAUGCUCUGCCUGCAGGUGUCGUCAUGUCCACCUCCGUCGAGGCUUUUAAGCGCAACUUGGACCAGAUUGCCACCAAUCGUCACAAUGCCACCUGACAGAUUGUCUAGCAUUUCGUUCGAACAGUUUAGUAAUGUUGUUAUAUUACUUCCUAUAUUUCAGUAACGUUUGUUUUUUUAAUAUUGUCCCAUGUCUGUUAAAUGUGUGUUGGCAUUCAAUUCGUCUCCCUCCGAAACUGAGAUAGCACCAACUAGCCCUCGACAGACUACUGUACAGCACAUUUAGUAACGUUAAUGUUUUUAACUUUUGGAACAAUUCGUUUAUCUGUCUGGCUUACAAAACGUUGCCAAUCUGAAGAAACUCUGUAGCCGUUUGAUGUUUCAAUUUUCAGAUUUUUUUUUUAAUUGUUCGCCUCCUUGUAACAAAUAGGGAGUUCAAAGGUUUAACACCUAUAUUUCCCUCAAAUAAACUGAACUGAACUGAACUGAACUCCUGUUUUCUCUUUUCCAACAUGCUUGUCAGCAAAGCCUCUACUGGCUGCGUCUUGUCACUGCGGACAGAGUAGGCUAUGACGAGGCCAGACGUGGUUAUCUGGCGUGGUUGCGGUGUGGUAUUCGACACGACAACCACGUUAUCCACACCAUUCGCAAAAAAGUGUGAGAGGGAGUCCCCUAUUCCUCAUUCAUUUACCCCUCAGGCAACCUUUCGUCGAAAUUUAAAGGGAAUUAAGUUUCCGGCCUUUUAUUGGAACCAAUCGUCAAUAUUAAAUGACUAGAUCUUGAGGCACAUGAAAGUUUUGGCCAUUUUAUUUCUCACUAUGGGUCAGUUUUUCUGUUCUUGACACCAUUCUUGAAGGCAAAAUGACUACACUUUCUUCUCAACAGUGUGAGAAACUCAUAUCUCUUAUCGAUCUUGUUUGUGUUUAGGCAGAAGACAGACAUAAGCGUGGUUUUGGUUUUGUUUUGAAAAAUGCCCCUAUAAGUUGGUAGCCCCUCGUGGUUGCCAUCCCUUUUCUGUACUCUUGAGGCUUCAACUUGAAGAUCACUAGAGCCAAGAAACCUUCGUCUGGAUACAAAAACCUACCCAUUCGAGUCGAACUAUUCUCAUCGAUAGAAGUAGAUUAUACUUUCUCUCAACACUAUUGCCCAAUUCAAUAUUAUAUAGGCAAUAGGACUUUAAUUAGUCGGGAUAAAACUCCAAUGGGAUGCAGAUGUUCUCGCCUAUAAGCAAACAGAACGACGUCGAAGAAUUCUACUCCCCUGCAAUUUAGAUAGAUAGAUAUAUAAUUUUUAUUAAAGACCCGUCGGGGUCCCAUCAAAGGUUCUUCAUUUGGCGUCAACCACCGUCUCGCCCUCCGAUACUCCUCAUCAGGGUUCCGUUCUAGCCAUUGGAGUUUUGAGGUUUUAGUUAAGUUGUCGGUCGUUCUCUAGGUCAAUAACCAUUAGACAUCCACAGUCGCACUACAAUGGUGUUUCUUCCUCAUUUGUCGAGAUGCAUUUAUGGUUUUAUUUUAAUCUCGGAAAAAACUCACCCCACUCCCUCAUAUCCCUUCGCAAAGUGGUUUUUCUCGCUGGAUAUUUUUUCUUGCAGCUCAGGUUUUUUAACUUAAAACAAACUGUCAAUUCGCGCUCUAUUGGCUACACAGACACCCAAAACAAAUGAAGUCAAAGUGCAGUCGAAAAAGAUGAGUUUGUUUUAGGCUUUUUCUUGUGUUCAAGGGAGACUGACAGUGCCCAAGUGGCGCUAUAAUAAACUUAUUCUAUUCUAUUUUAAUCGCUUUACUCGUAGAUCAGCAAGUUUUUUCAAAAACCGUAAAUCCGAGAUUUGUGGAUAUUUUUGUUACCAUUGAGCGUAUAGCACGUGAAAGAACAAAUCGCCGGCGGACAUGAAAACGUUACCUACUUUAAAAAAAACACAUUUUCAAAAAUCUGCCGUACAUCCGGCAGUUCACGCAGACCACUACUUCCUUUCAAUGCUUUCCUUACGUCAAUUUUAUCAGCACAGGGUUCUCCGGGAGCUUAAACGUAUAAUUAUUGUUAUAUGCGCGCUGACGAGUCAGAGACGCUCUAGGUCAUGACCGGCUGUGAAACCAUCUGUUCGAAACCAUUUCAGACAGCUAAUCAGCUGUGGUUCAACCUCAUUUGUACUAUCUUCCUCCUAUUCUGCCUUUUUGAACUUUUCCUGGUUCGAUAGAAUUGACAGUAUUUUAUAACGUAUACUGCCCUGUCCAUCAGAACAAUGCCAAUUCCGCUAUCUGGCCUUGUUAGUAGAAUAUAUUUGUUCCAUAUGAGUUGUUUAUUUCCUUCAUGCGUAACUUCGUCAGCAGGACGUGACUUUUCCGGUCACUGUUGAGGCACUGGUCAAAGUAGGUGACUAACGCGGACUUAAAGUAUUGCGCGCUGUUUACCUAAACUGGCUGGAGUUUGUGCGCUUGAUGCAGAAGGUUCUCGAAAUGUGUCUUCAAUUCUUGAUGGUAGGUUUCUGGUGGGGGCAGUAAAACUUAAAAUCAAGCGAGGUGGCUUCAAUCGAGUUUUAUCAAGAAGUUUGAACGAAUAAUCGUGUACGUACUGACUUGGAUCAUCGGGGAUCUUCUAUUAUGGUCUCCCUUCGUGAGUAUUCCAAGAAAAGGAGGCUGUGGUUAUUUCCCCACAUUUUUUCCACAAUUGACUGCACAUAUUUCUCGAAUUUCCGUUUCUCGUCUUCGCGCAGAUGGCCGAGUACGACUGCUUGUUGAGACACGUGACGUCCUAGUUCUUUCACCUUCAUGGGGGCGGUGUCUAGUUCAGUUCGGCAUAUUGUCUUAAGAUGUUGCUGGUGAUAGCCACACUACUCUGUCGCGCCGCCCUCCAGUAGGAGUGCGGGUAUUCAUUUUGUAUUCUCCAAAAACGCGCUGUCGUUGUUUCUGCAGGACUUUUUCCACAGCCUUCCUUCCUUGUUAAUCUCCUUUUUCUAGAACUCCUGUUAAUCACCGGGGCCGGUCCGUUCUCCCUAGUUUAGAUAAAGUGCAGUGGCUCUUUGUGCAAUGAGAUAGGCAUACUUCAAAUAGCCUCUUGUCUUUUAUAACGCUUCUGAGUAAGACAUCACUCCACAAAAUAUGAGACGAGAUUGUCCAUCACUUAUUCGCAUGAUAGAGACAGCCUUGCGGUUUAGUAAGCAAAGAAGACAAUUGGAUUGGAAUUCACCACCCAGUGUGGACUUCGCAAAAUUACGUUUUCUAUCUGUACCGGGACUCCUUAAAUUCUAUACUAGGGUUAAUGCUUCUCCAAAUUUCUGCAAGCUACCGACCAAAAUAAACUUCAAAUUAGUGUCUCAUUUUGCUUUGAUUAUUUGAACUUCUAAAGGCGCACAGGAAUUACUUGGUUGCUUUUCCAGGUUAUGUGAUUGCAGUCGGUAAUUUGAUCGAUAAAUAGAACCAUACAGUUUAUGUUUGGAUCUUGUAGAUUCCCUAAAGUAGUCAGAAAUAAGCGUUGAGGUUGCCGGAAACAUGGCUUUAUGAGGGAGAGAGCAUUGCAUUUGCGGAGCCUGUUGGAACAGAAACAAAUGCCAACACAGUACUAAUAAAGCAAUGAUGAGGGACAUUCGGGGAAGCAAGCGGUAAUUUCUUAGUCUUGCACUUGAUCCUGUCCUGAUGGUCGGCUGAUUGUUGUCGACUUCUUUCUUUUCUUUGAUUUCUUCUUGCGUGUAUUCCUGAAUUUUGGAGACAUAUGCAGAUUGGGGCAACUUAUACUGACUGCCACUAAAGACGAAAACGGAGGGGUAGUGUAAGACGGUUUAAAUUAAAUUGCACGCAAAGCAAAAAGAACGAUCGUGUGUGUCUCAAAAAGGUCAGAUGGGGCAACAUAGAAUUUCAACGAGACAUAUCAAGUUCUUAUAGGGGGUUUUGACAGAUUUAAAUAACUUUUUUGGCCCAUCUGGAGGAAAUUCAGCGGCCGGGGUGAGAGCUUGAAUGCAGCCAACGCUCUGACCACGAGUUUCCGCUGAGAGCCGUGAGUUGUCCAAGUGGGAUAUCCUAAGCAAUAAAUCUAGACUCCACUACAUGACUACCCGUCUCAAGUAAAUAACAAUAUCGAGUUUUAAUAGGCUAAAACACGGUCGUAAAAGACAAUCAGCUGACAUUGGCGGUCAACGCGUUGGUCAUUAAGGUCCCCCAAUAUAUGCCUUGUGAUGUGGAAGUUAUCGGUUUCAUCCAAUGCAGGAGUGCAGCGUUUACCGUUGAGCACAAGGAAAACAUUUUUUUCAAAAUAACAUGCUCGGCAAGCUGUUUGUGCCGUGGCUGUAUUGACGUCCUAGUUAGUUGGAGCCGUAUUUCGGAGCCCACGAACGACUGUUCCCACCGCUCGAGGUUUCUAUCUCAUAUGCGAUUAAACUCGCGUGUAAGAAUCACGGGUUUGUCCAAAGCCAAAAUUUACUCCGGUCAGGUAAUCAUUUUUAACUUAUUUAAUACUAAUAUUAAAUACUAAUAUUCGAUUAAACAUUAAUAUCAAGACUUCGGAGCUGUAGCUCUGAUGGGGAGUAGGAUAAAAAAUGUCUUGUUUUCCUGACGACUUGUGGCUCUGUUGACGAGAACCAUAGAAUUAAGUAGAACUCUGUGCGAAUCCAACUAACAAUGCUGAAGGCCUUCAGUUAGAGAAGACCAUCUUUUCUCCAACCUGCUUCAUUUUGUUUUGCUAAAGAACGAGUGCAUGUGAGCUUCUGAGCACCCUAUUUGUAACGUAGCAUGCGGAGCAGCAAAAAGGAUCAAUCAAGCCCCACUAGAAUGCAUGUAUUAGUAUUGGGUGGAAAUUUUAGUCUUUCAGUGCUUAAACUCGUUCGUAUUCACGCAAUUUCCAAGCUUAAUUUUGAGGCUUUUGAUAAGUGGUUACAUCACCGCGACUUCACGGAGAGCAUUCCGUAGUCUGGUCAGACCACAUUCAAAAAUAAUAGUAAUUAAUAUUAUUACAGAAUGUUGCGUCUGCACGUCCUGCCUCUCCUGCUGAACAAGAUGUUGCAUAGUGAGUGGCCGCUAAACCUAGUUUCGGGAACAUUUCCAAAAGUUCCCAAAGACCGGGUUUCUAUCCAACCAGUUUACGAUUACGAAUGCUCGUAAAAGGUCUCUACACACUUACCUUUAAUUUGGCGAGAAUAAAAAGUUUAUUUGGUGGAUUGCAUUAGCCAACAAAGUUCGCCUCCCCCCCCAGCCGUGUCAGUGACUCUUGUUGAAAUUUAUUCGAGACGCUGUACCUUGUAUUGUUUAGGACCUCCAGGCCUGUGUGGUGUUCUUCAAAUGCUGCCUCACAAGCGUAUCGAGGCCCCUAAGUAGAUACCUGGAUUAAAAUCUGCAAAGCUAUGCAUUACAGACAUUACGCCCUUUUUGCCUUUAAACAAUGAGUGGACAGUCGUAGGAUUUCCCCGUCGACACAUCAGUAGCAGUUUGUUUACAGUUCACUUCCGCUGGAGAUUAAAGCAUAUGCUUUCUUAGACAAAGUGAAUUCUUGUUUGUUGUCUUUAGUGACCUUUAAAAUAUUUUGCUUAAUUCUUUGCCAAACAGGGCUUUACUCGGUCCUGUGUUGCACUUGUAACGGCUAGCACCAGUGACGGUUUAGUCGCAUCCAGAGCCCACGUUUCCCGGACCAGUAAGACUCGUGUUAUGCAACCGUUGGUUAGGCCCUCGUAUUCCUUAACGCCGAAGACAGAUGAAUCCAAUAUCCUCUCUAAGUCGAACUUGAGCACGUGUCCACUUUUUGUUUAACCAUCACGCGGUGAUGCGAGCUUGGGCAGGGAUUUGGAGAGAAGACGUCGGAGUUUAACUUCCUUUCGGGUCAGAAGAGUGCGCAGACGAACCGUUUAGGACGUCAACACUUUAUCCCAACGUCGCCAGAUGUCUCUCCAGGCGGUGGAGUACUGCACUUUAGACAUGUUCCAUAGGCCGAAAUCUUGGCACUCCCUGCUGGUGGUAGUUGUCAUACACCUUAGUCUCUCGCGUGUGCGCAGCAUUUGCAAGCGACAUAUCUUAAGCAUCAAGCUGGACUACUCCGCCGAAAGCCUUGAGAGCUUUCUGGUAAACCUAGCGGCGACUACAGGCCCUUGCAGAGUCAACAGAGUGACUCAUUUUCGCUUUUUAUGCGGUGGUGUAUCUCCUCCUCACAUUAUCUAAUCCAUAGUAGAGAGGACUCGGAAUAGACAAAGCAUUUUACUAUUUCAAGCAUCAUAUCACCCAGGAAAAGGUGGGGGGCGUUAUCUGCGUCGUAAAGCCAUUAAGGUCUCCUUUAAUCUUGUUAGCGGCAUAAUUUGCGGGAUGCGACGACCAUACACCCAAGGACAAAUUUUAUUUCCUCUGAGUGAUGAACUGUCGUCUGCAAGACUUGUCUUACCUGGACCCACUCGUUUUUCCACCCCUUUCUGGAGGACAUUUCAGUUGACGGUGUUAGACGUUGCGUCAAAUUAAAGGGGACCGUCGGUUCUCAUCUGUUAAAAACAGGGGCGUUGUUCCUCGAUCCGUUGCUGGUCGAGUAAUUGCUUGUCAGGACGAAAACCACCCUGUUUUCCCCUUACCCUAACGUCCAUAAUGAAAUGAGAACGACUGAAGAAGAUACCCAAGAAAACUUUUAUGACGGAGUCCACUAAGCCGAUACCUCUAUAGUUUUAACUUUGGCAGAUCAACACGCCUUAGUCUUGUUGGCAUUUUCGUUUUCCUGCGCUUGUCGAGCUAUCUUAUCUGGCCACCCAGGAAAAAAACACCAGAGCAGCUUUUACCGACAUCACCCGGGAUUUCAUCUUCAUCCACCUCUUUACUGUUUCAAAAACGCCUGAUUGCCACUCCAAUUUCGGCAGCAGAGGUCGCUUGCGGUAACAGCCAUUGGGGGGCCUUGCAGGACAACUGCGUUAGAAGUCAUGCCUGGCGUACCUAGAGGUAGAGGGCUGAGCAAAUCGAAAUAUCUCCUUCGCCAUCGUCACUAUUACGAAUCCACCGACGUGUUAGGGAAGUCUGUCUUCGUUUUGGUGGUUUCAAUGACCACUGGAUUUCCUCUCAAAUAAUGUCAAAGAAGCUAAUAAAGCUUUUCUAUGACAUUGGCAGUUGAGACUCUUCCCAUUUCUUGUGUCGUGUUCUGUCAGGAUCGGUUUCAGUGGGCUGUCACGGACCUGUAAGGCGGGAUGUUCUAAAGACCAGAUUCCUGACGAUUUGAUUUGGCGUGAAUCCUCUAUCGGUUGGUACUGGUUGAUAUCCAAUCUUCGGCUUGCGUCUGCUGCGGCCUGGGUGCGUGUGCGAGUCCAUCCUUUAUUCACGUCGGACAACUGAGCAGGAGCUGGCCUCAGUACAUAGUCUUCGUUACUUGGCAGGGGGUAUCUGGUACUAAAUACCACUCCUCUAUCUACUAGGAAGAACGCAUAGUCCGACCAGGAUGACGACUGACUACUUGUAUUCUGGUGUGCAAUCUGACCUCGAAGUUGUAUUUUCUUGUCGUCGGCACUUUGACUUGUCCAAUUAGCCACUGUUACUCACGGCUUACAGGUUUAUUUUUCGCACUCUUCCUACUUAAUUUAGUAUUGAUCCACACACGUUAGCGAGACCUGACUGCGCGGGCAUACUAGUUUAUGGUGGACGCCUGUUACCUGGUAGUCGGACUUGUGCGUUCAUGUUGCAUUUGUAUGAGGCGGUGGUCGUGCGGGUCCUGCCUACUGCGGCUGCCAGCCACAAGCAGAAGUCCAAGCACGAUUGGGCUGCCGAUGCCCCUGAGAUGCCGCGAGCGCUGACGUGCAACCACUGGUACACCCGUCAGUACACAUCACCUAGAUGAAAUCGUUAUAGCUGUUUUGCUUACUGCUACAUGCAAAGAAUGCCACGCAAUGGGAAUUAGCGCGAACCACACCGCUUCUCACUGCGCACAAUGUCGGGCUCGAGCUGUUGGCGGCGUAGUGUGCCAAUGUUGUACUUCACUUAAAGUUGACCGAAGUCAGUUGCUGCCAAACAGCCAGAUUCCUGGUCACCUGCUGUUCGAGGCCUCUGUUUGUAAACCCAACGUCUAAUGAGCCCUGUGGAACUUGAGAGAGAUAGGUGCGCCAGCACCCUUGUUUGAAGCAAAAGCAGCAGUGGUCUCUAAUCUCGGGCAGGUGAGACCGCGCCAUAAAGGCGAAGCUAUAAAGAGCCAAGGCAGCCUGAAAGUCGGUCCGGGUAAGGCCGAGUUACCCCAUUGGUUGGUUACUCUCCAGAUCAUGACUGUUAGCGCGCUGUGAUAGUUUAGAAGCACGCUUUUUAAAUAUUGAGUUGAACGCGCGAUCCAAACUCGAUUGGUCAUACUCUUUCUUGGUGGGUUGUCCAGGUCGAACCAUCCGCGUCUGCUAGUCGACUAUUGCAACAGAAGUGACAGAAGUGUGUAUUACAUUGGUUUAUUUGUCCUUUCUUUACCAAGGCAACAGAAGCUGUAGUGCACUGCUAUGUGCCUGGACAAAGUGCUGUCCAUCCUGAAUCAGAGAUUGCUUUGAAUUGUCGCGCCGAAGUCCUCAAAGAGGGGCGACGAGUUUGCGCCAGAUGGCCACCCGACCUCCUUCCACGUGUUCUCCUCACCGUUACGGCUUGUCACGCGGACUUUUUCUUCGCACGAGCGCUGGACAACCGGGCUCCUUCCUUCAUAGUCUGCGUCCCCUCAGAACGCAUAGCUGUUGGCGACCAAGUGGAGAUGCUGAAUGUUUGGCGGGCGGGUCCCUCACGAGUUGAUCGCUUUGGCGAACUGCUGGUCCCUACCAUCUUAUCGACGAUUCUCCGACGAAACGUCAGGAGCGGAGCAGACGAUGACCUGUCUGGAAAUGCGCAUCUAGAACUACCCAUGUUGCAUACGCGGCUGUGGAGUUUCAGCUGGAGAGAUAGAGCCUGGUUCAUUGACCUUCAACUUCUUCUCAGAGAGGUCAGUGUAUCUAAUUGUGGAUCUUGGCCAUUUGACUUGCAAUCAAUACUCCUGUGAAAAAGAAGAAUAAUUAUUGCGUUUUUAGAGAGGAUAUCAGUUUUAUAUGACUCUGUCUGCAGUACGGGGUAGCAAAUUAUGACGUCACCCUCGGGCAGCUCCUGCGAAAUCUGGUUCUUUCGAUCUUGUUGGGUAGUCUCCCAGGUUUUUGCAAUUUCUUGCUCAGAUGACACCACGCCAACUGCAAUUUUCUCGGCCACCCAAAUUCUCUUCAAUCAAGCACUUUUUGCAAGCUUUAUUUAUUCGUUUAUUCGUUCUUGAAGGACCCUAUUACCUACAGCCUUACCCCCACCAUUUCAUGCAUUUCUGACCUAAUUAGCGAAAGUUGCGUUGAGAUGGACGUCCUCUCCGCUCUUUUUUAGUGGAGAUGCCCAUGUUUUGCUUCAUUUUAUGCUUUCAUAGUUGCGCACGUUACGUCAAGUUAGGCGACAUGUCUGCCCUCCUGCUUGGUUCCUCAGCCUCCCUGUUGUAGGUUAACCGCGUUCCGACUGGUCGCAUUUCAGCGUAAGGUAGAACCGGCUUUGAUGUUAACCAUGCAGGCUAUGAGCUGCGGUCAAGGUCGACGCUACUUACAUCCAUCUCGACGAUGUCGCUAGCCAAAACUAGGUUCGGCCGAGCUAACAUGUCGGGCAAUAUCGCCUUUAAGCUGGCGCAGUGCACAACCGAAGUAUCUUAGUAAGGGGACGGAAAAUUCGCAGCUGGGGGACGUUUUAGCUGGUUUUUGGAAAGCCGAUCGGUAAAACGAAUUCAGAGAACAUAACUCGAGUGCUAUCGAUGUCCUCUGCGUUUUACUUCCUGCUCUGGGAGGGGGCCAAUCUUUCCAAAAUAGUGGACAAACCAAUCUUUUCUUUUGCAAAUUCCCUCGCUUGAUACCUUACCUGACCUCUGACCGUGCCUUAAGCCGCUGUUAUGCAAAGGCCCUUGAGGCGGAGUCCUUCCGUGUGUUGAAAUAAACAAGCAGUGUGUUCUUGUGAAUUAAAUUCAAAAUAAGAUUGGGUUGCAGCAUACCAUACUAACAGCACAGGUACCAGCUAAAAACCCAGACGCGUUUUUUGCCGAUACUCUGUCGCUACAGUGAGUGACCUAUCUCAUGUAAUGUUGGCUGAAAUUCUGAAAUGCGUUUUCGAUUAGGAAGGAUUACUUGGUCGCGGUUGUAAUAUUGACUAUCUUGCGGCAUACUCUUAUAACAUUUCGGACUCGGCAGGAUGUCGGCUUUUAAAUGCACUUCUUUUUAAUCUCCUGUAGAAAGCGUACUCGGUAAAAAAUGACUACUUAAGUAGCAUGCAUUUUUCCCAUUGAUUUUCGAUGGUCUUGCAAAUUCUAAUAUAUUUUAUAGAAACUAUAAAUAAAAAUAUGCUUUCUUUUAGUCAAUCAAUAGAGAAUCAUGUCGUUUUUAUAUUUUAUACUUAAGGAAGGAGUAUAAUUAGGUUUUUAAAAAGUUUCUAAUUAUGAGACUUUUUAAGACCGCGAAAUGUCAAUUCACAUAGCAUCGUAUCUGGCCGUUUAUCACUGCUCUACAUGAAAUGAACAACAUGGUCCGCAUCCAUUACAAACUUUUAUGGACUCUGUAUGAUAUCUCUUUAACGGCAUAGAAAAAUAUGUGAUUUUCUUUACGCGGAACGCAUGCACCUUGCAGACUGAAAUUACUAAGCGCUAAUGCGACGAAUAAUCAGGCUCCAAAUUAUUCGGCAAUUGGAAAACUUUUUUAAAACCUAAUUAUACUCCUUCCUUAAGUAUAAAAUAUAAAGAAGACAUGAUUUUCUAUUGAUUGACUAAAAGAAAGCAUAUUUUUAUUUAUAGUUUUUAUAAAAUAUAUUAGAAUUUGCAAGACCAUCGAAAAUCAAUGGGAAAAAUGCAUGCUACAUAAGUAAUCAUUUUUUUACCGAACACGCUUUCUACAGAAGAUUAAAAAGAAGUGCAUUUAAAAGCCGACAUCCUGCCGAGUCCGAAAUGUUAUAAGAGUAUGCCGCAAGAUAGUCAAUAUUACAACCGCGACCAAGUAAUCCUUCCUAAUCGAAAACGCAUUUCAGAAUUUCAGCCAACAUUACAUGAGAUAGGUCACUCACUGUACAUGGCGCAGCAGUUAAUUUCUGAGGAAAUUAAAAAGCAUCAAAAUAAGCUGUCGAAUUACUGCAUAUGCUGAGGCGUAGGCGGUCCCUGUAAAGUAAGAUCCGGACACGAAAUCAGCCUUUGGAAGGGUGUUUUCGGCGACAGUUUUGCUACGUUCUAGUGCCCAUGGUAACCCUUAUGGUAGUCUAUUGCGAACAGGAUAGUUACCUCACUCCGUAAACCUCGCAAGCUCGGCCAAUCACUUCAACGGUAUUGAAGGAGCGGUGCCUAAGUGCGUCGGUGAACAGCGCAAAGUAUAUCUGCGCUCUGUCAUGUCUAGUAGUCACGCGAGAGUGGCAGGUGUCACUGAUCUGUCCCGAUUGCGGGAGGAAAAUGGACAUUUCGACUUUGCCCUACGCAGUUGGGAGAGUUUGCCGACAACGAGAGGAAUACCUGAGCGCCACUCACUGAUGACAGCAAGUAAGUCAAUGUGGCCAGUUUAGUGUCCACCUUUGUUGAUAACACCUUCGUUAUUAAAGGCUGGUCGCGUUGCGCACGCACGCCUGCACUGCAAAGCGAAACGGAGAUGCUCACCCCAACCUUAUAGUUGAGAUGGAUUUCGGGGAUGACACUCCCAGGUGACUGCAUAUCCCUCACCUCAGCCAACGCAACCUGAGCUCACAGCUCGGAGGUGUGGGCGUUCCUAGACCAUCAACGCCACCGGCUUCAAGCCGCGCACAGCCUGCGUAUCGCUGGCUGUUGUCGGCUAACAACGUAAAUGGAUGGUUAAAUAAAGAACAUCAACAGCUCGAUCCUCGCGCACAUGGUGGACACAGACCACCGUGUAGACGCCAGAGAGGCCUUCAGAGUUAUUUACAAGGUCCCAUCACGCUAUGCAGAACUACUUGGGCAGCGCCUGUCGGCUACGGCAGAGGCGGCUGCAAUCAGGCUACGCGGACCGGUCUUAUGCGCACAGAAGAACUUCAUACAGGUCCCACAGUUGCCAUGGUUCAAAGCCACCAAGCCAGCUACCCGCAUGUUAUUACCUUCGUCGGGACCCACCUCUCUGGCGCUGACUGGAAUUGUGAUGUUUCACUCUCCCCCUCCCCAAACCCGAACUACAGCUUAAUUAUCUACUUGCCCGUAUCUUUUUCAUUACUUCAAUAGCCAUAUAAAUGUACAGGCCUGAAGAGAAUUUACCGAAAGCAGACGUAUGCCCGCCAAAUUGCCUUUUGAAACCGUAAAUGGCCAUUCCAAUGUCCGUCUUUUCCGUAUAAAUUUUAGGAUUGGAUUAGCGAAUUCGGCUGUCUGCAUCCGGAGACUCGAGUGUCGAGUGUUCGCAUUACAAGUUGUGCAUGUCACGCUUGCCGCCCUACAUUGCAGUCUGUGCAGGCCAUCGGCCUCUGUCCAACCCAUAGUCAUUGUCACUCCCCAUCUGUGCUCGCGGAAAUAAUUGGUUGACCGAACUGUUAUCCUCCUCGAUUUCUGGUAGUCCAAAUCUCUGCUUGGAAUGUCAGACCACAAAUGCGCCUCCCCGACUGAGGACGGAAGUAGGUACCCCCGUACUACAGGUGGCUUACGAUAAAUUCCAGGCUGUGCCUCUUCCCGUGUUUUGAAUUUAACCCCAGCACUCAUAUCCCUAGCCCCCCUCUCCUGGAAUUUAGCUCAUGCCCACCGGUCAUACAGGGGGUACCCAUUGCCAUGUUCUUCCGCCUGUUCUGUUUAAGAGAUAUACCCUUGCCCCCUCUGACGUACACAAUUACUCUACCCAGACAGUAUCAACACUGACAGUUCGACCGUCGAUUUCGACGAUGUUCACCGUGUGCUAGACACCAAUGUGCGGCAGGCACGGCGACUUGCGAAGCAUCUAUCGCACUCUCCUCCCCACCUGGACCCGAUGUCAAGACAGAGUCAAGAAGACCGGAGGCGGAUGGGGGGGGGGGGCGCAGGUGGGUGGCAUGGCCGAGCCUGCACCUUGGCGUUCCACUCCGCACCCCCUGGUCCACGCAGCAAAUGACUAGGUUUUUGACUAACAACAGCAACAACAACAACACCCCGACUGGAGGUCAGAGCCCGUAUCAACAGUACAUGCGCCAAGCGGAGGUCCUCGCGUUUGUCAGCUGACCUCCGGUCGGAGAACUAGCAGUUGUCGACCCGCGCGUUGUACCAAUUUUCAAGUACGACAGGCGAUAAUGUGCACUCGGACCCCGUACCAACUAUCAACACCGGCGACGAGGGUGCAGUGACUAACCCCUCAGACGUGACCACGAUGAAACUUCAGCGAUCUCCGGGUAGCACGUGGCCUACCGACUAAUAGGAUGCGGCCGCAUAGAGGAGCCCCCGUUCCGGUCUUUUCGUGGUUGCACUUUGUAAUGAGUUUAAUGCUUUUGUACUGCUCCACCGGAUGUUGCUUCCGCAUCUGCGACAGCCAGUGCACAUAAGUGAUACUUCAAUGCAAUAUUUACUCUCCCCUGUCUUCUCUUCAGCGAAUGAAGGAGUGCAAAGCUGCCACUGAGGUAGCAGUGGCGGUCGCUAGGGCACUUUGCAAACAAGCGGACGAAGAAGCCAAUGAGGGUCCCUUCAGGCGAAUGCAGUACGCCGUGGAGUUCGUACACUUUACCGGUCAGCUGGCAAACGAGCACGACAGAGUCGAAUUAGCGUCCCACCGAGUCCUCCUUCCCGACGACUUCUCAGCCCCCGGGACCCGGGGACAUCCUUCAGACUGGCGAGAGACGUGGUCAGUUUUGGUAUUAUUGUUACGUUGGAAAUACUCCGAAGCCCUCAUGCUCAUCAGUGGCACACCUACGUCCAUAUGCGCCAGUAUUUUGUUCGCCACUCGUGUAUGUACAGUUCGUGACAUAUCUGAUGAAAUGUCACGAACUGUGAACUUAAAUCGUUGUGGUGCACGAUUCUGCCACCCUGCAUCCACGAAAGUUAUACUGCGUUAAAUAUACGACCAAGCUUCAAAACAAGGCAUAUUUUGGUUUAUAAAGUAUUAUUUAUUGACUUAAAAAUAACUUAUUUUGGGAAAAACCUCCAAAGCAAAAAAUCGACUGUAUGACAGGCCAACUAUUCAGGGUCUAAUAUAACUGUCAGCAGAGAAGGGAAAUUGCACAAAACGACAAAAAAAUGGAAAACAGUAACAAAUACAACGUGUUAGUACUUUGUUAAUUGUCCUUUAGCUUUUAAAGUUGCGGUAAGGCGGGAGGGCGUGGAGACUACCAAGUUGUCUAUGGUGGUUUAGUCUAUGUAAUUAUUGAGCAAAAAUUGUAACUUCUGUCCCAUAGAAAUGUUUCCUUGCCUUGUCCCAAUCUCUUCUGAUUAGGGCACAACGAUUUUCGAUGGGAUUUAGGUCCGGGCUGUUCGCGGGGAUAAAAAUGCUUCGAAGGCGGCAGGCAAAGAGGCUGGCUGUGGUCCACAAUAUUAGAUUAUAGUCGUAAAAUGAAUUGGAAUCAUACCUCCUUUGAGCGAUGGACAGGGGCAUUAUCCUGCAACAUUACAGUGUCCAUUCGACGUCUAUAAAUGCCGUUGUAACCGAAGGCAUGCUUUACGAUGUCGAUGAACGCCUUGCUAUUUAUCGUCUCCACUGUUGGACGCCAGAUCGGUCGCUGUCCGAAUUUGAUGACCAUCCAAACCAUCAGGCGUCGGCAGUCCUUGAAAGUUGGCGUCGACAUAGUGUGCUCUCGUGAAAAGUUCUUCCCACAUAUGACCACCCGGGCCGACUUCGGAGGCUUGUCUAAAAAUAAGACCUCAUCACAAAAGUAAAUGCUCUUCCAGAGGAAAAGUCUUUGAUCAAUAUAUUUUUGAGCAAACAAAAAACGUGCUCUAAUAAGUUUUCUACUUAAAACUGGCUUUGUCGUUCUUCUUCUAAUUAUGCGCAUAGGAAACAUUGACAGGUGUUCCCCGUAAAUAGCCAUAAGGGGCAUAUAAUGAUACUUUUUCAGUGUCCGACGAAUGCAAUCGUCGUCUUGCUUGCUUGUGGACCGUUUUGGCCCACCUUGCUUAGUUCUAGGCAUUGUUUUAUUAUUAAUAAUUUUCCAGAGAGUAACCUGGCUAAUGUUGAAAAUACUAGCUAACGACUCACGUGGCAGCCCUUCGGCUGCCAAUUUUCGUAUUCGCUCAAAAUCGACCUCCGAUAGGAACUGUUUUGACAUCUUUGCUGCACGGCGUGGCGAAGCAUGUAGCGCGCAAUCUAUAUAUACGUGUUUACGCCUACUAGUUCCCGGUGUAGUAAAACAAACACAGUCGAACAAGCUUAUUACUGCGUUUUACGAUAUAAGACGUUACCGUUUUGCUAAAUAGAAUUUAGGAAGAGCUGAUUACUUCUUGAUUCAUGAGAAUAAUGUGCUUUUACAUACCUAACUCGACCUGAUUUUCAUGAACCAAAAAUCACAAUUUCCGUUCCCCGAGUGGCCUCCUUUGAUAUUUCUCUUUGUUAUAUGAAAGUUUCUUUAUAACGCAACGCGUGCAAAUAAGAGGUUUUCAUAGGGGAUACUUAUUAGAAUAGGAAAUUAAGUGAAUAUCCGGAGACGUCAAAAUUUUCUUAAUUUUGGUCCGUUUCCUCUCAAUAAAACUGAACUAACAUGACGUCUUCUUUAGAAAAGGGCUUUUGGGGAUUCUAAUCAAUUCUAAAAACAAAAAUAACCACAUCAAAUAUAUGCCGUCCGGUCUCGACAUUUCAUGAGUUAGGUCAUCUACUGUACUCCCAGUCGCAACUAUUGAGGUCUGCCCAACCCCAUGGUGUGAGCAGCGAACACCAGCUGUUUCAUCAUGUAUUAAUAAAUGCCCGAUCAGCAGCGCCAGAGCAUGCCAUGUGACGAGGCAGUGGUAGCUACAGCUACCUCAUCGCUCUGAUCAUGGAGACGAAGAGGGUUUCGAAACGCCAGCACAAAUACAAGUCGGCCAAAGAACUCACUCCUACUUCAUCCCCGGCGACCGAUGAACGCAACCGACGGGACGACGGGCCUGUGGAUCGAUAAUUGGGUGGGAUGCAGGUCUAUUGUUCGAUUAAUUGUGCCAGUUAGUCGUUUGAGAAAUUUAACAGACUUUAUUUCGUAAACUUUCGACUCCGGUUCUCCGGUUGGAAAGUCGCCGCCAACCUCAGAGAACUUUUCCCAACUUCUCGUAAGGAUAGGCGUCCAACUCUCAUUCUCUUAUUCACUAAGUCAUCUCGGAAUGCACACUACGUUGAUUGCUCAAUCCAUUUUGGGUGUCGAACUUGAGAUAGGUAAUUUUAUUAAAAUGGAGCUGAAUUAAGUAAGCUUUUAGUCAGCGAGUCCAAUGAAUAGGUUCUCAGAACUUUCUGCUACAGUCCGCAAGCAGCCGCGCAUUUCAUCAGUCCCCAUUUUCAGGCCGUUCUUGCCUUUCAGUUUAGAUUAAUUUAGGUUUUAUGAAAACCAAAAGUUACAUUUCAGACAAAUACGACAACAGGCAUCAGACUGCCUCCACGCACAAGUAUGAGUACCGACUCCUGGCUGACAUUCAGAACGUUGCAACUUUUGUCCGGUAAACGACACUCAUGACCUUGGUUCAGGGAGUCGAGAAGCGAUCGGUAUCAUUCCGCUUUCAUUAUGUACUGAGGAGUGGAAACCUGGUUCGGUCGCAAUGCCUAUGUCAGCUUCUUCUACCUACGAGCGGAAUUAGCUGACUGGCAUUAAUGCAACGCCACGUCAACCUCUUACCGUUGGCCAGAUAUCGCUCUCCAGCACCUUGGCUCAGAGACUUGAGAAGCGAUCGGUAUCAUUCCGGUUCUCACCUUGAACCAUGUGCUGUCAGCAUCGUUUCCAUGACGGAAUCCUCAGGCUGGCGGCAGCUGCUUGGGUUCUUUCACCCUACCGUUGCCGAGAGAGGCCUUCCGAGUGAUUUACAGGGUUCCACCAAGCUGUCCAAAACUACUUUGGCAGCGUCUGUUGGCCACAGCAGAGGCGGAUGUAAUCAGGCUACGCAAACCGGUCCUGUGGGCAGAGAAGAACUUCAUACAGAUCCCACAGUUGUCAUGGGCCGAAGCCACCAAGCCAGCCAGGCGCAUAUAAUUACCUUUCCCGGGGCCCAUUUUCUCCCUGAUGUUGACCGGAAUUUGUGUUUCACUCCCCCCCCCAAACCCGAGUUACAGCACAGUUACCUGCUCUCCCACAUCUUUUUCUUCAUUAGUUCAAUAGCAGUAUCAAUGUACAGGCCUGAAGGGAAUUUAUCGAAAGCAGAUUUGUCCUUUGAAUUUUUAAAUGUAAAUUUUCGCAACUCUAGAAAGCAACUCUUCAACAAAAUACCGGAUAGUCGUGGUGAUACACUUUGUUGUAGUCAAAACGGGGAAUCCCCCUCCACCCGCAUACAUGAACAACAGUUAGCGGUGAAUAAACGAGACCACUUAUCCCAGGUAGCUGUGUACAGACUGAACGUAGGACACAUUCGCCUGGGAGAAAACCAGCAUCGUCCAGGGUGUGUCCAGGUCUGCAAAAUAAAUGCCAAGAGUCGAAGGAAAAGGAACCAGGUAAGUCCAAUCAGACAACGAAACCAAAUACUUGGCGAACCCUUCUUUACACUAAAAACUUAUUCAAACUCUUUUAAGGGGCCCUAUGAAAUCACCAAAUUCAAGUGGCUCACAAGCUGACAACUACUUUACGCACUGGGCUUGUAUACUCUAAGGGUAGGGUUGACUAUUUGGGCAAUAAGUCGCCUGUAAGAUCACUUGUGAUGCAUAUAAUACCGUUUACCGUGGUCAGACCGGAAAGUCCGCCUCCACCCAUUCACGAACAUUAUUUGUCAGUAAAGAGGCGAGACCACGUGUCCGAAGUCACCAUGCACAUCCUGGACCCCGGGCACAGCGCUUGGGACGGAACUCAUUGUCUGUGUCCACCCCUUCAAGAACCGCCAAAAGUUCCUCGAGGCCAUGCGCCCGGGUGAAUCGUGCAUCAACCGACAUGCAAAUUUGCAUGCCGCGUACAAGAGUUUCAAUGAGGAAUGGAAGAGACGAGAGCCGAUCGGAAUAGAAUGACACACACGGCGGCCGCUCACCGACACAAACACCAAGUCAUUGUCAAUUUUGAAGUGCACGUAAGAUGUUAACUGGUUUUGGCACAUUUGCUCCCCGUCUGCAUCUGACGAGCACCCAGGGAACCAGCGUCGGAAAUUUGCGAAAUAGAGCUCCUUUCCCGUCAUCAUCCCCGGAGGAAGGCGAGGAGGAAACAAGUUUAUAGACCGAAAUGUAUUUGACCUGGCGUCUCGGAACCUUCCUCGUGCCUAUGAUCGGAGCAGUGCGGUGUUCGUUCCUGUUGCCAACGACGUGUUCAGCAUAGUUCCCUGUCUCUUAUUACGUUAGUGCUCGAUUCACGAAUUUUGACUUACCCGUUUGCUGAUGACUAGCUUUGACCUCUGCACUGGCUGGAGUGACCUUCGUCCCCUCAUCGGCCGUAGCAAUAGUAGCCAAGUCGGCGAGCUUCUUGGACUCCCUUUCGACGGCCGACGGACUGAUCAGUCGGUAGGUUAUUACCGACAAAGACAAGGGAGUCCGGUAAUGGCCAUUUCUGGCUUGUUAGCCGUCGUCAGCCAGUCAUACCCAACCUCGAAGUGUGGAACACCCGAGGCUCGAACUCGCGACCUGUUAGUUAGAAGCUCACGCCUCUAACCACUGGGCCACGAGCCCGUUGCCCUGUCGGUUUCGAUCGGGAAUACACAAUGGUAGGGGAGGCGCUCACUGAUCGUUCUGACGGAACUCACUCGUUCCGUUGUGUCUUACGGGUUCUCUCUCUCUCUGCCUAUAUCAUGUGCCGCUGUGCGACUGCCAGUUGGGCUCGAGAGGGAGCCCGUAAGGCACAACGGAACGAGUGAGUUCCGUAAGAACGAGCGGUGAGCGUCCCCUACCAUUUAUCAGUCGUUGCCGCCCGUGCGAGUUGACUUCGGCCCUGCAGACGCGUCCGUGCGGCAGCGUUUUACGCCGGGCACGUGAUCUGGUGUCGGCCCCUCCACUAUUUUCUGCGAGCACUGGAUGUCGUCUCCACCUGACUUUUCCAACUCUCUUAUCUGAUACUCGGAGAAAUUCAUCUUACUCUUAUUAUGCUUAACCAUCUCGGGUUAAUCGACUAAGAAUGUCCUGUGACUCUGUGCCACCUUUGCUCAUUAAGUUGUGUGUGAUUGCAGCUGCAAAUAUUUCGGUCUCACGUAAGGCCAGUUAACAGUUAGCACACUUGCAUAUGCCUCAGAAGGGCUUUUAGGGACGUAAGGUAGGUGCCCCGUUAGUUAAUUAAAGAAGACCCUUUGGAUAGUGAGUAUUCCGUCGUGUCGAAGCCAGCCUUCGGAGUUCUCACCUGGGUAGGACUGACUUAUAUGGCCCUCUUAACAGGACAUGUGAAUAGGAACGCACCGCCCAAGUUAUAAAGGUAGACCUGCACACAAUUCCGGGGAGGGCAAAAUAUCACCGUAACCUAGACCGUUGCGCUAAUCUUGACCCUAACCCUACCCUAUAUCAUAACUCUGCAGUUAACACUAUCUCCUACAAACGCAGUUGCGUAAGGGCGCUAUACCGGCGCGUUGAGACGCACUGCAAUGAAAUGGAAGACAAGGUUGCUGAAUUACAAUAUUUUCGACGGGUGAUGCGAGCCAAUGGUUACCCGCGCAACUUUGUCAACCAUUGCAUACGAAAACGACACCGGAGACCAAAUCCAACCGGCCCCGCAUUUUGGCGGGCUCUUCCGUACGUGAAGAACGUCUCGGAAGCCUGUCAGUCGUCUUCUCACUCCACUUGGAGUUGGGGUUGCACACAGGCCGAAAGCAACCAUUAGGCGCCAAGUCAUGAGGCCGAAAGACCCACUGCCACAGCAGGCAACGUUUGGAGUCGUUUACCGGAUCUGGUGCAGUUGCGAACAAAGCAGCUGCGUCGGAGAAACUGGGAGAUUACUCCGUAUGCGAAUUGCCGAGCACGCAACAGCAGUGGGGAGGGGAGACGCUAGCUCUCGGGUGGCGGCACGUUCGACGGGACCCGGCCAUAUUUUCAAAUUGCAAGAGGCCGAAAUCCUUGCAAGGGGUGACAACCGCGUGAGUCGCGAGCUGCUCAAGUCAUGGCUUUCAGGCCCGCAAUCCAUCAACAAGCGCAAUGACCUUCCGGAACCAUAUUCCAUGCUGAGAUUUUCCCUGGGCAGGGAAUCAGUCAUGUGGGGAGGGCGCGGGCGAGCAAUUAUCCCAGUGACAGUGAGCCAAUUUACCGAGCAAUCGUCGCGCCAGCAUCCAGCACGGAUGACGAAAUUACGGCAAUUAACGACUCAAACUUGAACUGACAAGCCACCACCACAUCAAUUACGACCCCAGUGGUGAUUGCGAGAACUGUUAAUUACAGUGCGCAUGUGGUCCCACGGCAGCCACGUGCUAUAAAUACAGCACUCCUUGUGCCACCAUCACUUUUAUCUGGGACUGUCUCUGGUGAUGGAUUCGAGUGAGAAUCCGAAACGUCAGGCCAAUAAAUUUCUUAUUCCAGUGAUCGCAUCUUCGUCUUCUGAACUAUCCCCAUCUUAACCCUAAACUUGGUCCUGACUAACCUUACCACUACCUUUACACCUGGACUUAAACCAAAUCCUUAGGCUAACCCUUACCCCAACCUUAAACCUGACCCUAACUUCACUGGAAUUCGGCUCCAACCUACGCGUAGUGCAGGUGGUUCCUACUCCUAUGACCUGUUUAGGGGACCACAUAAACCAGUCCUAUCUUCAUCUGCUGUGAUCAGUGGAGUCUGUGCUACGUUGCUGCUGCUGCUGCUGCUGCUCGUAUUUCUUGCAUUUUCCUCAGGUUCGACCUGCCAGUUGGGACUGUUGACAAUCAUCAUGCUCAUCACUGCUAAUGGUUACCUGUGCCUUUUACAGCCUCUGGCCACCGGACGUUUCUGAAAAGGGAGACCAAGCGAAGUGGAACGGCGAGCUUGAUCAGCCUACUACUAUUCAUCUCCUCGAACCAGUAGGUGCCCGGCCGACGGAUAGGUUCGUCUUGCUUGGGCGACUGGGCUGGCAUCCGAAGCAUAACGUCUUUACGGUUACCAGCCCGGGUGAUGAUGAAUCUGUCUAUGCACUGCCCCUCUUUUUCGACUCGGCCGCAGUGGACUCUGUCGGCGAGGAUGAAGACUGGUGUCCCGGUCGAAGUCUGGUCAUCUGCACGGGGCCGCGUCUGGUCACUGCCAAGGGGGUCCAGCCGGUUUACCUUUUUGGCCAAAAGUGAGAUGCAUCCCUCCCUGUGUUUUGUUCGCCUCUUCCGUCGUCAUUUUGGGUGUCUGCUUUUGUCGAGGUGCCGGCAAACAGGUCGACUUCGCGGUUGAUUAAGUUCCGGCUGCCGAUUGUCAGGUCCAUGUUAAGCUUCGGCUGCUCCAGAUUAACCGUGCCCUACAGUAGGUGGGCUAACUCAUGAAAUGUCGACCGAAAUUCCGAAAUGCGUUUCCGUUUCUAAAAGAUUAAUUAAAUAGGGUUGUAAAACUGGUCAGCCUGCAACACAAUUCUAUAAUAUUUCAGUUACCCCAAAAUGCCGGCUUUCGAAAGAACUUCCUUCCGGCUGCAUACAAAAACCACACUCUGUAAAAAAUGACUACUUAAGUGGCAUGCAUUUUUCUCAUUGAUUUUCGAUGCCCCCAAAAGUUCAAUUAUAUUUCAUGGAAAACGCGCAUAGAAAUAUUCAUUUUUUACUCAUUCGGUAGAAAAUUACGUCUUCUUCUAAUUUUAUGCUCAAAGGAAGGGUAUAAUUCGGUUUUCAAAAACGUCCCUAAUUCCCGAAUUAUUUUGAACCCGCUAUACCGUUACACUUGGAUUCGGGGUUUCCAAACUACAAACCCUAUAUAUUCCGCGUACGAAAAACUACACAUUCCUCUACGGUACUAAGGGGGGAUCAUAUAGGGUUCAUAAAAUUAAGCAGUCGAUUUGAUCCAUGUUGUUAACUUUACGAGCUACAUUUGUAAAUGCAGAGACAUGACGAUUUAUGAACGGCCAUUUCACGGUAUUUAAAAGUCUCACUUUUAGAAACUUUUUUCAAACUGAAUUAUGUCCUUCCUUCGAGCAUAAAAUUAGAAGAGGUAAUUAUCUACCGAAUGAGUAAAAGAAUGAAUAUUUUUAUGUAUAUUUUCCAUGAAAUAUAACUGGACUUUUGGGGGCAUCGAAAUUAAAUGAGAAAAAUGCACGCUACAUAAGUGGUUUUUGCAUGCAUUCAGAAGGAAGUUCGUUCGAAAGCCGGCAUCCUGUGGUACCUGAAAUAUUAUAUAAUUAUGUUUCAGGCCGACUAGUUUUACAACCCUACUUGAUGAAUCUUUUCGAAACGAGAACGCAUUUCGGAAGGUAGCGCGGCGUGUAGUUGCGGACACCGAUGUUUAUGCAUUUUACUAUGAUAUUCGGGCCGUUGAGUAGGCUGAAUUGAUCAUCGGCGGGGUAGUUAAAAAUACAGCCUUCAAUUAUAAUUAUUGCGUGCUAGCUGUACCGAACGCCGAGAUCUGAUUAUUUUGCAAGCUGGGUUAGUAAAAACCGUUUGCCCCUAAGACCCAUGCAAAGCUAGCAUUGUCAGACUCUUUGUGUACGUCUUUAUUCUUUAUUGCACAGCUCGGUGGACUUUGUAGAUCUGUGGUCAGAGUCGCCUUCGUUUAAUUCCUGGAUCAGACACCGUUUGUGGGCCUUCAGUUUCCGAUAAUUAAUCAGAGGGCUGUGAACUGUGGGUUGGUGGAUACCGAAUCCACAUAAAGUGCGCCCGGCUCAUGAAGUCGGGUUUCGAGUAAUAUAGCACUGCCGUGAGACUUUCCUGAUGUCAGACCGAAAUUUCGUUUUAUUCACAUUUUGGAACGAAGUUGCGAUUAUCUGCUGAUAAGGCGGUCGCAGUCGUAUACGAUUUUCCUUUAUAUCUUCACUGACCUUUGUUGUAGUGAGACGUAGGCCUCAAUUCUCAAUAAUUCAUGUAUUGAAAAAGAGGAGUUAGGCCCAUGUUACAAAGUGCAUUUUUGCUUAUUUUGGAUUAAUUUGUUGAAUAAUUGAGUAAAAUGUUCGCCAACGACCCGUAAAAGUGGCCACAUUUCGAUAGCCGCGUCUUUUUUUUUUAUUGUGAUGAAGUUUUGCACAAGCGAAGGCCGAUUUCUAUGGAUCCGCCUGUUUUUCCACCAUUUGCUACUUGGCAGGCAACCUCACCUCCCUUGCCUCCCCUCUCCGUUGCCUGUGCAGGUGUCUCUCCUUAAGCUGCUCUCUACUUUUAGAAUGGCUUUCUUCGAAAGAUUCCUCACCAUUCAGAGACUCUGUGUCCUUCGAAAAGCAGCUACCACUCAUGUUAUUCCAGAAACAUCUUCGACACUCGUCGAAGACUCGCAAAUCUUAUCUGAACACCUCACCAUCUUUGUGCGUCAUGUUGGAGAAGCCGCAUCUCCUACUGUUUUCACCCUCAAGUACGACCUAGUUACCCCAGUUCAGGAAAGUAAUUCAGCCACCUCUCUCGGCUCAAUCACUCUCUACGGGGCAGUCGCUCGACGUGCCUACUGCAGCGGGAUCUUUCAAGUCGGCUCCACCUUGCUGCUAGAAUUACCUGGCACUCCGGAUGAAGGUGGCAUCACCACAAAGCCCACCCGACUGGUUUCAGUCACCCGCCUCGCACAACCCUUCGAGCGGAGACUGAGCACGUGUCGUCACCUGGUUGACCUUUUCCGUUGCAAGGUUUUGAGCAUCGCUGAGGCCUCGUGGCUGCUGUGCUCUCUGUCGGACAGUUCGUGUUACCUCAGUCCCUCGGGCGACCACUUCCGCAUUAGUUUGCAGGUGAGCUAGUAAGAAUUCCACAAAAUGUCUACUUAAUUCGUUUGCAGUAGCACAUUUUUGUCAACGUUUCUCUUCUAGGGCCUAGUCGCUCGGUCGAUAAUGCGCCCGGAUACCGACUCGCUCUUUAAGGGCAGUAUCUGGCUUGUUGAUCCCUUGCCAUCUACACCCUCCCCGCCCAAACUCCGUGUGGAUUUCUUUUCCGACUCCGGCUUGUCAGAUCUAUGCCGAUUGCCGGCUCUCAGUCGAGUUUGCCUCUUUAAGGCUCGCGCUUACUGGAGUCACAGUGACUGCUCUUGGAGACUCGUCGUACCAUUGCGCCCCAAUCGAUUCCAGGUGGAUGCAAUUCCUUCAUUUAUCGCCUCCACGUGUGAGGGUCUUCCUUUUGAAUCUACUAUGGUGCAACAAGAGGAAGAAAAAGUGAGGGCAGACCCCUGUCCUCUGUGCUCCGUAAAAGUAGUGGUGACACAGCAGGCUAGCGAAUGCCCGUCGAUUCACGGCUUUGAUGCCCCCUCUUCUUCUUCUGCUUCUUCGUCUUCCACCUUCUCACUCCUUGCCUUUUGCAAAUCGGACUCUUCUGAAGACGCCAAAUUCUACUUUGUUAAUAUGCUCAAGUGUCUGCAACUUCGGAUUGUCUUCUCGAAGGGACUGGGUAAGUUCAGUUUCUCUUCGCGCACCGCCAUCGUCCUGGGCUUUCAAAAACAUGUCGUGGUAAUGGCAGCAGUGGAGAGGGGAAGAGUUCCCCGUGUAGCCUAAUUUUCGCAAUCCCAGUUCACUAACAGACCGCCAAUGGGUGAACUGUUAUUACGACUGCGAGUAGAUGUGCCUCUGUCGUAGAGAAUAACGACUGCUAGAGAAAACUACGCCAUACUUGCGCGUUUCGCAGGGCACGUGGUUGCUUUUUCGCUAUUUUGAAAUGCAGAUGUACACGGACUGUCCGGUGAAGGUGGUUGGGCCUCAUACUACACAUUGCUAAAUAGCAACUACUUGCGAUUUCUUGAAUCUAUUCAGGAUCAAGGAUUGCAACUAUACACCGACCAAUCGGCUAACUUUACUCCUUCUUCAGUAGUCUGUUUCUGUCGUAGUCAGCUUAUGCACUGUGAGUUCUGUUUCAGGUUUUUGGCAGCUUAUGUUUGCAACAAAGAGCGUUGAGGCAUUUGCCUUAGCCCCUAGAUAUACUUGCGCGACCUAAAUUGACCCUUGAAACAGGUGGGGUCGGACUUUACAGUUCACAGUUUGCCGACUUUAUGCUAGAGUUUCACACAGCUUCAAAUCGCGGUUUUAUUUAUGCUUUUGAGUGCUUAUACCAAGUUCAUUAUUGUCAGUGGAGGAGAUUAAAAAUAGUUCGUUUCUCAGUAUCACUUUAAAGACAACCAUUCCUGUCUGAAAAAUUAAUGCUAAAGAGUCUGCAAUGAUUUGUACUUUACAAACUUCGUUGACAGUUUGAGAAACCUGUCCUCGACUGCAAAGACCCUCCAAAUAUCUGCACGUUUCGGCCCUGUAUUUACAUAACAUGAUUUUUAUUCAUUGCAACACUGCAUUAACAACUGGAGGUUCUUUUGAACUAACAGAAAAAUGUGUGACUUCCGUAACGCCAUCGUGGCUUGCCAGUUGAUGAGAUGACUCGGUUCUGCUCAUAACUAGAGGCCAGACCUCACUGUUUCCUGCAUAGGAGAACUUUUGCUUUACUUACACUAGCCCUUUCUUUUCUAAACCCGAUUCGUGUGAAGUCAUGGAUGGGCGCGUAUGUAGUGCGCGUAGAUGCGGCGUCAGCCUCGUCAUACACUGCCCCCAUGGCUAUGUCCAGUCAACUGGGCGUUUUCAUACAAUUGAGGCGAUAUUGGCGUUGGGGGGCGGGUGAGAUAGACGCUCCGUGAAGUGGCGUCGCCAUUAUCGUGCUCCUGCGCAAGUCAUCGUCGCACAACAAUCUCCUAACCAGUGGUGGUCUCGUCGUUUGUGACGGACUAACUUAUUUGGUUGGAUACCAGUGUCGCAACACUCCGUUACUGAUGCUAGUAUUAUUGCAUUUAGUUACCCAUACUGUAAGCGUUGGUAGAAUAGCAUUGGCAGCCGUGGCGGUUGUGGUAGUAGUAGUAGUACUAAUAGUGGGAUUAUUAGUAGUAUUCGCCGUAUCAGUGGUGGUAGACGGGGGAAAAAGUUUUCUUCAGUGUUGCGACACUGUAUUCCCGCCAGUGGUAGUAGUAUUAGUAGUAACAGCGGUAGUAGUAGCAGUAGUAGUGGUAGUAGUAGUAGUAGUAGUAGUAGUAGUAGUAGUAGUAGUAGUAGUAUCAGUGGUAGUAGUAGUAGUAGUAGUCCACCCGUAAGAUAGGCUGGUGGGGGAAUAGACAAUUCUAAGUGUUGCGACACUGUAUUCCCGCCACUUAUUUAUUUGACCCACCGGUGAAAAACUCGGCGGCGUCGGUGGGAUUCGAACCUACGACAGCAAGAUCAAGGCUCGGAUACAGCCGACGCUCUAACCACCUGAGCUACCAGGUCCCACCGGGAGUUGUGAUUUUAGUCACAUUUACGUCAAGUUGCCCGUUCGGCCCGCUGCAUUGUCAAGAAUUUACAAAUUGUGAUACAGUAAGCUGACCGCCCAAGCAGGAUUUCCGAAGCAAUCAAUUUGCCAUCAGGCCUACUUAAUUUGUAUUUUUGGCAGAUUUAAACGACUAAUUCACAGUUGAAUCAGAUGAAUUCUUGAGAACUGCCAAAAAACCAAUUAAGUGAGACCGGCAGUCACGUAGCGAGUUCUAGACUGACUAGUUAGGAAAUGCUGUUUGGGGAGUUAACUUACUAUGUCAUUAUUGGUGGAUUCCGUAUUCACACUCCCGUGCAUGUGGGGUGUGUGUGUGUAUUCUAUAGGUAAUACCUCUCAGUCGACGACAGACUGGUUACUCAGCCUUUGAAGGGUGAUGACCCAGGCUAAAUGCAGAGCUGAAUGUCACCCUUCUAAGCCCAAUGGAAUGUAAGCAUCUGGUAGGCCCUGGCAGCCUGGUGUACGCCGGAGGUUCUCUGACACCUGGUUCCCUGCCGGUCGAUGUGCCUGUGCUCCCGCUUGGGUGUGCAGGUUGUGAGCAUGGAUGCCUAGCCAUCCUCACCCUUCUGACCCGUUGUGGUGCCGUUGUUGGUUAAAAUCCUAGUCAAGUGUUUGUUGUGGACCAGGGAAUGUGGUGGUACGCCCAGGCGCGGGUCCGACCGCACCAACCAUCUACGCUCCGGUAAUCUUGACUAUGUCCUGGCACCGGACCCAGGCAGGGGGAGAAGAAUGUGCGGUAGAUGCAGCGCAAGUCCACUCCCACCAUAGAAUAAUUCACGCGCAUGUCAUCAUGCCUGCCUCACCUACAGUAGGUGGGCUAACUCAUGAAAUGUCAACCGAAAUUCCGGAAUGCGUUUUCGUUUCGAAAAGAUAAAUUAAGUAGGGUUGUAAAACUAAUCAGCUUGCAGCAUAAUUCUAUAAUAAUCCAGUUACCUCAGGAUGCCGGCUUUCGAAUUAACUUCCUUCCGGCUUCAUGCAAGAACUACACUGUAAAAAUGACUACUUAAGUAGCAUGGAUUUUUCUCAUUGAUUUUCGAUGUCCCUAAAAGUGCAAUUAUAUUUCAUGCAAAACGUGCAUAGAAAUAUUCAUUCUUUCGCUCAUUCGGUAGAUAAUUACGUCUUCUUCCAAUCUUAUACUCGAAAGAAGGGUAUCAUUCGGUUUUUAAAAACUUUCCCGAUUCCCGAAUAAUUUUGAACCGGCUCAACCGUUACACUUGAAUUCAGGGUGUCCAAACUACAAGACGUACGGAAAACCACACGUUCCUCUAAGGAAAUAGAGAGGAACCAUAUAGGGUUCAUAAAACUAAGCAGUGGAUUUGGUCUAUAUUGUUAAGUUUACAAGCCACAUUGGUAAAUGCAGAGAUAUGACGAUUUAUGAACAGCCAUUUCACGGUAUUUCAAAGUCCCACGAUUAGAAACUUUUUCAGAACAGAAUUAUGUCCCUUUUUCGAUUAUCAAAUUGGACGAAGAUGUAAUUUUCCCCCGAAUGAGCGAGAAAAUGAGCAUUUUAUGCAUGUUUUCCAUGAAAUAUAAUUGGACUUUUAGGGGCAUCGAAAAUCAAUGAGAAAAAUCCAUGCUACUUAAGUAGUCAUUUUUACAGAGUGUAGUUUUUACAUGCAGCCGGAAGGAAGUUAAUUCGAAAGCCGGCAUCCUGAGGUAACUGGAUUAUUAUAGAAUUACGCUGCAAGCUGAUUAGUUUUACAACCCUACUUAAUUAAUCUUUUCGAAACGAAAAGCAUUUCGGUUGACAUUUCAUGAGUUAGUCCACCUACUGUAGUUGUGGAUCACACGGUGGAUAUCGUCGGGUAAGACAACCGAACUGUAUGUUGCAGUAGACUGGCCGGGGAACUCGACCCAAAUGCGGUUAAAUUCGCGGCUCCCUGUGGGGCCUCGUAGCUAGGGUGGUUAAGCGUUGGCCGUCCCGAGUCUGUCCUUAGCCGAUGGCUCAGACUGCUGGCGAACCUGGUAAUCGUCGAUAGUUCACCUGCAUGGGAUUCAGCGGGUCAGUGUUUCGUCUUAUUUUGGCAACAGACAUUUCCUCGCUUUUGGAGUUCUCCAUUUACCUUGCCGCUCCAGCCAGGGAUUCGGCUUGCUCUAAGUACGCAACAUGUGUCUUGCAUAUAUAGGGCAAGCCACCCAGAAGAUAUGCUUCAGUUGGAACUGUGAGAGCGCCAGGAAGAAUAGAUUGUGUUACUGGUUUCACAUAUCUCUGGUGACAACCUCUAGCGCAUUAGGGAAGCUGAGUUCCGGUGUUACUCGAUCCUCUCCUCUAGGGCUGGGAAUAUAGCGAUUUGUACUUGUCUAAUAAGCAUUCCGGUCUUCCAAACCCAACCGAUUUUAACUAUUUAGGUCGAUCAAGCAUGUCUUACGCUUCGCAAAGCGGUAUAUUUGAAAAUUAAUUUUGAUCUGAAAUUUCGAUCGAUGUGUUCUAUUCCUUACUGAAAUUCUGCCCGGAAGUUGUCGUGCCAAUGUUUUCUCUGAGAGAAUUACGGGGGGAGGGAUUUUAAAUCUCAUAAAAUACAGAUCAUUAAUUUCGUAGUUAUAUCGCAUUUCUUUGGAUUUUUCCUCUUCUGACCAACAUUCCAUGAAGAUUGACUUUGUCAUUGCUGUCUCCAUGGGCGGCGUGUGACUAUACACACUCCAACAGACUAGAUGAAUAUGAUUGGUUCUUUUUAUGCCUACAGCCUCGAGCAGCCCAAUCGCCAGCGUUCUGCUAAAGUGUCUCGUCUCUGACGGCUCUGCAGCCGGGAUUAUCACCUUUGACACAGCAGACUUUUGUCCAAAACAGCCAGACACAGGUGCUGCUAACGCGUCUUCAACUUUCUAUCCCGAUUCCAUGGUCAGAAACACCUCCAGUCGUCAGAACCUUUUGCCCUAUCGGGAGCAACUGGACCGCUUGUCGUUACUCCUGGGUCUAACCCCCUCCAUGACCCUAGAUCUGCUACAAAGCGUCAUGCGCCUGGGCUACAUGGUCUGGACCUGGCAGCCUCCGAGUAAGGAGACCGCAGGUAUUCAGCAUACCCCCAACGAAGAGAAUGCCCUUGGUCAGGCUUUGACCAAUUGGUUCACCUCUCCGGGAUUCCUGCGGCCUCUGCAGUUGGCAUUGGUGCACAGCUGUCCAAUGGGAAGACGCCAGGCGCCAUGGCGUCUACGCAAGACAAAACUCGGCACUGCGAGUAACUCGGGGACCGGAGAAGUUUAUCUAGUUGUGCCGCCGUAUCCGCAGCUUCGAGUGGUCUGA